CCUGCUGUCGGACAGUAUAUAGCAUCAACAGAAUGCUUGUAAGUGGACCUUAGGUGAACGCAUAAGUGAUUUCGCUUCGUCUACCACAACGUAGUUUGAUCGCUAAGUAUAUAGAGAAUAUUCCCAGUUUUAGAAGCACUACCUCGAAUAACUAAAGAGAAUGUCAACAAUGAUAUCGCUCCUGAACGUCCCCUGGAAGAAGCCUGGAAGGACCUGGAAGAAUACCAGGAUUCUGUUUCGGAACCUGCCCCGGUGUCUGAGUUCGAGUGGAGGCGGUUACCAUGGCAACGUCGUGAGGUCUCCUUGCCCUGAUGUUGCUCAGCCUUCGGGAAAUCUCGUUCGAACGGUGUUCGAACAUUUCCACAGAUAUGGGUCUCUGACUGCCAUAGAAUGUGCUGUGACUGGAAACAGCUACACUUACAACCACUUGCUGGAAGCAGUCUCGAAGUGGGCAGGAUUCCUGACGAGACUGGACAUAAGUAAAGGGGAUGUUGUCGCUGUUUACAUGCCCAACUGCCCAGAGUAUACUGUUGUACUUUUCGGGUCCAUAAGUGUAGGUGUAGUGGUCACCACCGUUAGUAAUCAUUACACAUCAGAGGAGCUGGACAGGCAGUUAAGGGACAGCAAAGCCAAGCUUCUGGUCUCGGCUCCAUCCCUGGACUCCAAAGUCAUGAGCUCCGUGGAACGCCAGAAGAUCCCCUUACCAGUCGUCAUGAACGGUCCUUCCAGGAUUCCAGGAGCCCUCGACCUCCUGAAGAUACUUGAAGACCCUGAGACGCCCAGUGCUGAUGUGGUCGAAGUAUCAAACAAGGACCUGGCUGUUAUGCCCUACUCGAGCGGAACCACGGGACUCCCCAAGGGCGUGGCUGUAUCGCACGGCGCCCUUUCCAUCAACACUCGGAUGUUCACCCAUCCGUCUUUCUUUUGCUCCUCCUUUGCAACCGAGAAAUCCCGGAGCACGUACCUGUGCGACCUUCCAUUUUACCACAUCUACGGGAUGUUAGUGAAAUGCAUCGUAGGCUUUCAUACAGGGGCAAAGCUUGUCACCAUCCCUGCCUUCGAGCCAAAUUUGUACAUCAACACGCUCAAGAAGCAUGAGUUCGACGUACUCCAAAUCGUGCCUCCCCUCCUCAAUUUUUUGGUCAAGUCUCCUGAAGCCACGAGAGAGCUCUUGUCUUCGGUGAAAGCGGUACUUGUGGGCGCCGCUCCAGUUUCGCCCACUGAAGCAAAGGCCUUCAAAGCCAAGUUCUCAGAAGAUAUCUUUAUCCAGGAGGGUUAUGGAAUGACUGAGGUGCUGAUUACCAACAAGGUUCCCGUCGGGAAGGAAAGGUUAGGCACCAGUGGCCAACUUCUGCCAAAUGUUUCGGCCAAGAUCAUCGACGCAGACACAGGAGAAGACCUCCCCACAAGUCACACUGGGGAAGUGUGUCUGAAAACUCCCGCGAUGAUGAAUGGGUAUUUCCAAAACACAGCGGCCACUUCCUCCACAAUCGAUGAAGGAGGCUGGUUACACACGGGUGAUGUCGGCUCCUUUGAUGAGGACGGUUUUUUGAGGAUUGUUGACAGGACGAAGGAGCUUAUCAAGGUCAAAGGACUUCAGGUAUCUCCGUCGGAGAUAGAGGACAUCCUCCGCCUGCAUCCCAAGGUCCUCGAUGUAGGAGUUGUAGGAGUGCCCCAUGAACGUUUGGGAGAAGCCCCAAAGGCCUACGUCAUCGCGGAAGAAGGAGUUUCUGGCGACGAUAUUCACAGAUUCUUGGAAGAGAGACUGGCGCCCCACAAAAGGCUGACGGGAGGAGUGACCUUCGUGAACUCGCUGCCAAAGUCUGCCAGUGGAAAACUGCUGAGAAAGGAUCUCAAGAAAAUGGCGCAGUAGCAGCGUCUCCUUCCAUCUCUUUUCAUGUCGGAUUACGUAUACUUUGAACGCGCGUGUACUUGAAUGAGCGUAUUGUGCGUGAAUGCGUAUGUUUUUGCGUGUUUUAGAAGGGGGAAUCAUUCACUGCGGAUCGUGCUUAGGGGUUAUCGAUUGGUUUUAUGUGGUUCACUUGCAUUUAACGGUGCGUGUGUGA